GUGAUCGUAUCAAGGUUUGUAAAGCGUAAAAGUUUUGCGUUAUUUGUUUACAAAUUUUUAAAUGAAAAAAAGAACUAGUGACUGUUUAGUUUCUUUCUUAAAUCCUUUAAGAAUAUGAUGUGCAUAACCUACUCCUUUAGAGAUCUUCCAAAUAGAUGUAUUAUUUUUAUACGCUAUUAGUUUCAAAAAGUGUAAUGAAAAAAAUACCUGUUUUUUUGUAAUAAUAUCAAUAUGUUUUGUGUCAGAGUGUAAUAAAUAAAUUCUACUAUGGAGUCCCCAAUGCAAGAAACUAUUUAUGGGACGAAUUCGGACGACAGUCAUGUUAUGUCCGAAAAAGUCCAGAGUUUGGCUGCUAAUAUUUAUCAAGAAUUAGAACGUAUGAUGGAAAAAUACGAUGAAGACGUCGUGAAAGAGUUAAUGCCCCUUGUCGUCAAUGUUCUUGAAAGCUUAGAUUCUGCUGUAAUGGAUAAUCAGGAACAUGAGGUAGAAUUGGAGCUUUUGAGAGAAGAUAAUGAACAACUUGCCACUCAGUAUGAAAGAGAAAGACAGCUUCGUAAGGCAGCUGAACAAAAAUUGAUUGAAAUCGAAUAUUCCACUGAUGAUGAUCGUAAAAAUUUAUCAGAGAAAGUUGAAAGUUUAGAAUCCCUUGUUCGUAUGUUGGAGCUGAAAGCAAAAAACGCAUCUGAUCAUGCUGCUCGUUUAGAAGAAAAAGAUGCAGAAACACGUAAAGAAUACUCUACCCUUCAUGAGCGUUACACAGAUUUGUUUAAAACUCAUAUGGAUUACAUGGAGAGAACCAAAAUACUUUUUGGUUCUGAUAAAUUAGAAGCUUUAAAUAAUAAAACUAGAUUUCUUCAUUUUCCUCAUACGAAAACUGAUGUUACAUCAUUUAUUUCACCACAAGAAACGGGUUCUAAAAUUCUCAAUAGUCCUUUAGAUAUGCCAUCACUUGUGUCUCCAAAUCAAAGCUCUGAUUCUAAUGCAAGUUUAAAAAGUGAAAUUCAGGAAGCAGCAUAUGCUUCUAUUGCAACAAGUCCCAGGCGAAAGAGUGGAAGUAAAAAAGAAAAGUCUGUAAUGGAAAAAGGCCAAUUAACUGACAGAGUACCAUUAAGUGAUAGAAGCACUGGAACAAGAGAUGGUUGGGUUGAUGAUUUGGAUGCCAAUUUGAAUGAUGCCACCAUUGAAAGUCCAGAAAUGGAUGAAGUAGAAGAAUUAGAUGGUUUCAGUUUUUCACUUCAAUCUAGCAAUAUACAAAGUGAGAGACGUAGACCAAAUACCUUAUAUCAAGAACUUAGUUUCCAAGACAAUGAUGCUUUAGUUGAAAUGGAUGAAGGUGCCGAUAUUUCAGCUGCUGGAGGAUUUUCUCAUUCAGGAGAUUAUGCAUCAUCAGAAAGUGAUGGGGAAAGUGAACGAGAACCUAAGGUUAACGACAAUUUCUUUGGAAUGGGCAAAGAAGUUGAAAAUCUUAUUUCUGAAAACAAUGAAUUAUUAGCUACAAAAAAUGCUUUGAAUAUUGUAAAAGAUGAUCUCAUAGCCAAAGUUGAUGAACUGACAAGUGAGCAAGAAAUCUUAAGAGAAGAAUUAAAACAAUAUAUGAGUGUAAAAGAACGACUGAAACAAAGAAUAGCUGAACUGGAAGAAGAAUUAAAAAAAGUGAAAGAAUCUAAUGAAAAUCAGAAGUCUGGAAAGUCAGAUGAUGAGGAAGAAUUGCCAAUGGCACAAAGGAAACGCUUUACUCGUGUAGAAAUGGCUCGUGUUCUGAUGGAACGUAAUCAGUAUAAAGAACGGCUUAUGGAAUUGCAAGAAGCUGUUCGAUGGACAGAAAUGAUUCGUGCCUCUCGCAGUGACUCAUCAUUAGAUACAAAAAGAAAUAAAUCAUCUAUAUGGAAAUUCUUCAGCAAUCUUUUCAAUGCUAAUGAAAAACCAACUAGAAAAUCAACGCCUUAUGUCAAUGUUCAUUAUAAUGCUCCUACAUCCAAUUCUGGACCUGCUUUGGAUACAAUGAGGAAGAAGCGAUUAGGAGACAGACACAGAGGCUUAGACAUUUUAGAUAGUGAUUUAGUGUCAGAAAAAUUGCAACAGCAAAGAGCCAAAGAGAGGAAAGAACAGUAUAAGCAGGUCCGAGCUCAUGUGAGGAAAGAAGAUGGAAGAUUGCAAGCUUAUGGUUGGAGUCUACCAUCAAAGACAGGAUCUGUAUCUAAAAACUCUGAAGCUGAUGGAGGAGGUCAAAUAAAGCCAAAUGCUUCCACUGUACCAGUUCCAGUACCUGUCUUCUGUCGUCCUCUAUUAGAAAAAGAAUUAGGAAUGAAGGUUUGGUGUGCUUCUGGAGUUGAUUUAACUGGAGGAAAGUUAGAACCUGAAAAUUCAAAUGUUUCAUCAGUUGGUUCUAGUUUAUUUUAUGUCAGUACACCUGAAUCAACUGAUGCUGUAUCUAAAUUGAGUGAUGAAAUAAAGGACUAUGAAAAACAUCGCAAGGAACAAAGCGAGAUGGAUCAAAAAUUGUCUUCCUUUGUAUGGAUCUGUACUAGCACUCAUACUACAAGCAAAGUAUCUGUAAUAGAUGCAAAUAAUCCUGCUGAGAUAUUAGAUUCCUUCCAUGUUUGUAAUUCUCAUCUUCUGUGUAUAGCUAGUGUACCAGGUAUCAAGUCAACUGAUUAUCCUGCUGAUGACGAAUUUCUGAAAUUAGGUAAAAGAGAAUGCAUAUCAGAUGUCAAUGACGCACAGACAGGAAAAGUUGGUGAUUUACUGUAUGUUAGUGUGUCUGAACCCAAUUCUGAUUCUGCUGCUUCUACGCCUGUAAAUAAUGACAAUGCUCAGUGUAGUAUAGCAGAUGAAAUCAGGAAAAUUGAAGAAGAUACCAACAGAGCAGCUACUGAAGCACAAAAUUCUUUAAACAAGGAAACUCUGAAACAAACAUUUAGUGAUCCUCUUCAAAACAAUACAGAUACUUCUGAUCCAUUAAAUAAAGAUUCUAAUGGACAUGAAAAAAUGUCCACUGUUCUACCUACUAUGUGGUUAGGAUCUCAAACUGGACACAUAUAUGUACAUUCAUCUGUGACUCAGUGGUGGAGAUGUAUUUCUUCUGUUAAACUCAGAGAUUCUGUACUUAGUAUUGUGCAUAUACGUGGCAGAGUAUUUGCUGGACUUGCUGAUGGGACUGUUGCAAUAUUCCACAGAUCUGCUGAUGGUGAAUGGGAUCUCAUGAAUUUUCACCUUUUGGAUUUGGGGAGACCCUUAUAUUCAGUACGAUGCAUGACUGUGGUUGAUAAAAAUAUUUGGUGUGGAUAUCGGAACUGUGUUCAUGUUAUUGAUUCUGAAACUCUCUCUGUGAUUGAGAGCUUUGAUGCUCACCCUCGGAAAGAAAGCCAAGUGCGCCAGAUGGCUUGGAUUGGAGAUGGUGUGUGGAUAACUAUUCGUUUAGACAGCACCUUACGUCUUUAUCAUGCACAUACUCGUCAGCAUCUUCAGGAUGUUGAUAUUGAACCUUAUGUCAGCAAGAUGCUAGGUACCGGUAAAUUAGGCUUUUCUUUUGUACGUAUAACAUCCUUAUUAGUGUCCUGUAAAAGAUUAUGGAUGGGCACUGGAAAUGGAGUUAUUAUUUCAGUACCUUUAGCAGAAGGUAAAGCACAAAGACCAGCUGUAGAAACUUCUGGUCGAGCUCCUGGAGGUGUUGUUAGGGUAUAUUCUGAAGCAGGAGACACAACCAAAGGAUUUGGUUUCAUUCCUUACUGUUCAAUGGCUCAAGCUCAACUCUCAUUUCAUGGUCACAGGGAUGCUGUGAAAUUUUUUGUUGCUGUACCAGGCAAUUCUUCAAUCAAUAAAGUUGAUGAUCGAGACGGAAAAUCAUUGCAGUCUGAAAUUAAGAGAGCCAUAUCUAAAGAUAAACAAGAUAAUAGUAAACCAGAUUGUAUGCUAAUCUUAUCAGGUGGUGAAGGAUACAUUGAUUUUAGAAUAGGUGAUGGUGAAGAAGAUGAAACCUUGGCUUCACUAACUUCUGAAGGUGAAGAAAGACGACCAGCAAUUUCAGUGAAAGGUGAUCGAAGCCAUCUUAUAGUUUGGCAAGUGACGUUAAAUGAUUGAUAACAACUAAUUCUUAUUGACAGUAAGAUAUGAGAGAAAUCGAGUGAUGUUUUGAAAUUGAAAAAUUUCAGAUUUUUUUCUGAAAUUAAUUUAAUUUAAGCCAAUCAAUUAAUUUUAUGUAUAAUUGUGACUAUUUAUUUGAUUGACUGUGUUAUUUUAAAUUGUUGACAAAGUUUUAUUUUUUAAAUAUUUUAUGAAAUGUUUUGAUAUUGUUUGACUAAUUAAAAUGAAUUUCUAGUCAGUACUCAGAGCAAAAUAUCAUUUGGAUUGCUUGUUUUCCAUUUGAGAUAAAGGCCAGCAUUUGUAGUUUUAAAUUACAGAAAUGUGGUAAAAACAGUAUAUUCUCAUUUGUAAGAAUUUGUAAUACUUCUAUUUGUACAUAAUAAAGCAAUCAGCUCUUUGUUUCUUAC